UUUUUUUUUACUUCAAAGCUGGCCUUGCAUGCCUAUAAAUAUCUGCUAUUGUUCACUAGUCAGUUUCCAUGUCUUCUCAUUCUUCUUUAUCUUAAGCUUAGAAGACAGCCAUGAAGAGUACUGUCGUCAAGAUCUUUAAUGCAAUGUUGCUGUUACUAGCAUUCAUUACCGCUGUUUCAACUGCCUCAACGGACAAACAAGCAUAUAUAGUUCAUAUGGACAAGGCCAAGAUCACAGACACUUACAAUACCCUUGUCGAUUCCAAACCAUGGCACCAAGCCGUCCUUGAUUCUUUAGCUGAUGUCGAACUGGAAACGACACCUCCCGAGCUACUGUAUUCCUACGAUACUUCCUUUUCGGGUUUCGCUGCAAAGCUAUCUCGUAAGCAGUUAGAAUCGUUGGAAAAGAUGGAUGGUUUCGUGUCUGCGGUUCCUAAUAAAAUGCUAAGCCUCCACACCACUCGGACUCCACUAUUCCUUGGGUUACAAGGGAAGAAAGGGCUGUGGGGAUCUUCUGAUAUACGCUCAGAUGUGAUCAUUGGCGUGGUGGACUCUGGAAUUUGGCCCGAGCAUGUUAGUUUCCAGGACCAUGGCUUGCCUCCUGUACCGGAAAGAUGGAGAGGCGCUUGUAAAAACGGCACCAGAUUCUCGCCAUCUAAUUGCAACAGGAAACUAAUAGGUGCCAGAUAUUUCUACGAAGGUUAUCUAGCCUCCAUCGGUAGCAUCAAUGGAACGGAAGAUUAUCUGUCUGCACGAGAUACAAACGGACAUGGGACGCAUACAGCAUCGACAGCAGCUGGUGAUGUUGUGGAACAUGCAAAUCUUUAUGGCUUGGCCAAUGGAUCAGCCGCCGGAAUGAGGUACACAGCAAGAAUUGCAGCGUAUAAAGUUUGUUGGCCAAGAUGUGCAAGCGUUGAUAUCCUGAUGGCUAUGGUGAAAGCCAUUGAAGAUGGGGUUGAUGUGUUGACUCUCUCUUUGGAAUCCGAAGCAGAGCCUUAUUAUCAAGAUUACAAUGCUAUUGCAUCAUACUAUGCUUUCAAAAGAGGGAUUUUCGUCGUGUUUAGCGCAGGUAACAGUGGACCGGGGCCCAACACCGUUGUCAACACUGCCCCGUGGAUCAUGACUGUAGCGGCAAGCACCGUGGACAGAAGCUUCCCAGCAAUUGUUAAGCUCGGAAACGGUCAAACUUUUGAAGGGUCAUAUUUGUAUAGUACUGUUAAGGCCUUAAAGUCUCUGCCAAUUCUAUAUGGAAAAUCUGCCGGUGAUUCAGGUGCAGAGUAUUGCGUUCCUGGGUCACUCAAUCCCAAGCUCGUCAAUGGAAAACUUGUCAUUUGUCGACAAGGAAUGGUCCAGCGGCCUGAAAUGGGAGAACAAGUGAAAUUGGCCGGAGGAGCUGGAAUGUUAAUAAUGACCCCACAAGGUGAAGAUCCUUCAACUGACACGCACGUUUUACCAGUCGCUAUGUUAGGAGCCUUAGCCAGUGAAGCUGUCUUGAUGUAUGUGAACACAACUAAAGGACCAAUAGCUUCCAUUGUCUUCAAAACCACAACUUACGGUAAUUGUGCACCAAAAGUCGCCACGUUUUCGUCAAGAGGUCCAAAUUCAGUGGGACCUGAUGUGAUCAAACCGGAUGUAACAGCACCAGGGGUCAACAUACUCGCAGCGUGGCCGGCAGAGACUAGUCCGAGCAGAGUCCAGAGCGACAACAGGAGGGUGUUAUUUAAUAUAAUUUCGGGCACAUCGAUGUCGUGCCCUCAUGUUAGUGGCAUUGCAGCACUGAUUAAAUCAAAGCACAAAGAUUGGUCGCCUGCAGCAAUAAAAUCAGCCCUCAUGACAACUGCGUAUACCAUGGACAACAGGGGAGAACCUAUAGAAGACCUCGCAUUUGGUAGCAUGGCAUCGCCUUUCGCUUUUGGUUCAGGCCAUGUCGAUCCCCAUCAAAGCUUCUAAUCCAGGCCUAAUAUACGACAUCACUGCAGAGGAUUAUGUACUUUAUUUAUGCAGCCUGAAGUAUAAUGAGGCUCAGAUAUCCUUGUUUGAAGAUGGUUUUAAAUGUCCAAAGAAGGCAACUAUGCAACCUGGUGACCUGAAUUACCCUUCUUUUGCAGUGAAUUUCGAGCUCAAGUCACAGAAUGCUACUUUUACCUACAAAAGGACCCUCACAAAUGUUGGGAUUCCUAAAAGUACGUAUAAAGUAUCAGUUUGAAUCACCCAGAGGAGUAUAAGUGAUUGUAAAGCCAAACGUUUUGAACUUUAAGAAGUUGAAUGAGAAAUUGAGCUACAAGGUGAGUUUUAUAGGAGUGGGCAGAAAGAAGACGGUUGCUAGCGCAUUCGGAUCCUUAGUGUGGGUUUCUAGAAACUACAGAGUUAGAAGUACCAUUGCAGUGACUUGGUUGUAGCUUUC